AUGGCGGACCGGGCCGAGAGGCAGGCGCUGGAGAGGCCUCUGCGCGGGGUCUGCCCGCUGGCUGCUUGGAGCUGUCACUGGCACCACUGUGAUUGCUCUGCCGUUGAGUUUGCCGUGAACGUGCAGGAGGCCGGCCAGGAGCCUGGGGCCCAGCGGAGAUUUCUACCUGGACAAGGAGUGGUACUAUACCCACAGAUAGGAGACAAAUUGGAUAUUAUUUGCCCCAAAGUGGACUCUAAAACUGUUGGCCAGUAUGAAUAUUAUAAAGUUUAUAUGGUUGAUAAGGAGCAAGCAGACAGAUGCACUAUUAAGAAGGAAAACACCCCUCUCCUCAACUGUGCCAGACCAGACCAGGACGUAAAAUUCACUAUCAAGUUUCAAGAAUUCAGCCCUAACCUCUGGGGUCUAGAAUUUCAGAAGAACAGAGAUUAUUACAUUAUAUCUACAUCAAAUGGGUCUUUGGAGGGCCUGGAUAACCAGGAGGGAGGGGUGUGCCAGACAAGAGCCAUGAAGAUCCUCAUGAAAGUUGGACAAGAUGCGACCUCCAGUUCGGCUGGGUCAGCCAGGCAUAAAGACCCAACCAGACGCCCGGAGCUAGAAGCUGGUACAAAUGGAAGAAGUUCAACCACAAGCCCCUUUGUCAAGCCAAAUCCAGCAGAGUGGGCACAGCUCUUCGGGCUCACCCCGGCGUCCUCGAGAAGGCCACUUCCCCGGAACCUCGGUUUCCUGGCCAGCGAGAGGCCAGUGAACCCCGAGCUGGAGGAGCAGGGGCCGUGGCGGGGGAGCCAUGUGGGCAGCGCCCCGCACUGCGUCCCCGGGGCUGGCGGGCAGCUCCCCGCACUGCGUCCCGACAGCAUCUACGACGCCAGAACGGCGUCUCGCUCCCCGGCGGGCCGGGAGCACGCAGUGGCCAGGCUGGACCAGGGGCUCCGACCCGGACGGCAGGAGACUCAGCAGCUGGCGCUCCCGGAGCUGCGAGAAGCCCCGGCGGCCCCAGACGGGAGCCGCCGGACAGCAGCUGCAGUGGCCGAGCCUCCGGCCAUCGGCCGGGCCCAGCUCAGGAGGCCGCUCCGGGCCGCCCCCCAGCAGCGGAGCAGGGCAGCUGCACAGCUCCCGCCGCUCGGCCACCUGCAAAGCCUCACAUUUCCCCUCUGA